GUGGCACUAUGGCUUAUGUUAUUGCGAACCUCUCCAGACUCUCCUCCCAUCUAGGCUCUCUCGUCUAUUGGCUGCCUCCUUUCCACGCUGACAUCCAAAUCAUAUAAACCUGGGGGCCUCACACCUUCACCGGGGUCAAAUUUCUUAGGCAAAUCAGAGCAGCCUCUUCGGGAAACGAUCGCAAGAAAGAAAGAAAGUGGAGCUCAGCAGAUCGCCGAGAUUUGUUCUGUGGAAUUACUAACUUUUUUCCGGCCUAUUUCACCUCGGCUGAAGUCGCUUUCAGAAUGACAACGAUGUGAAAGUCGGUGGUUACGUUUGAUUUGACUCGUUAAUGCAUUCAAGGGGAUACAUAUCUAGGUCUUGAAUGAGUUCUGUUGGCUGUACAUCCCCGAGCAGAGACCGUUUUGGGGCAGCAGCAGAGCGAGACCGAGGGCGACAGCACAAACCCCAACUACCGCAUUUGCUAUCCCGCUCAACAUGAACCUCAUCGGGGGCUAUCAGCAUCACCACCACCUGAUGCACGAACCCUUCCCGUUCGUCCAGCGGUGUCACCAGGAUGCGCCGUACUUCCAGAGCUGGGUGGUGAACCACGGCGAGAUGCCCCCGGACUUCCAGAUCCAGGCGCCCUACCCGGCCGUGGAGCUCGCGUCUGGAGCGACGCACGAUGGCCGGCUGGAGAACCUUCAAGUGGGAAUGGGGAAGAGGAGAGCGUCGGGGCCGAAGAAGGAGCGCCGGAGGACGGAGAGCAUCAACACAGCUUUCGCCGAGCUGCGGGAGUGCAUCCCCAACGUCCCCGCAGACACAAAACUGUCUAAAAUUAAAACUUUACGUCUGGCGACCAGUUACAUCGCCUAUCUGAUGGACGUCCUGGCCAAAGACUCCGGGGAGACAGAGGGCUUUAAGGCCGAAAUUAAGAAAUUUGAAAACCGGGAUCUGAAAAGGAAACGGGAUCUGACUGACGGCCUGCCGGAGUCUUUAGGAGCCGAGAAAAAGGUGAAAGGCAGGACUGGUUGGCCGCAGCAGGUCUGGGCUCUGGAGCUCAACCAGUGACCCUCCCCUCAUCUUCACCCCCUACCCACUAAAAAAAAAAAAGAAAACAACCUCCUCACAGACUCUGGAUUUAAAAUAAAAACCACUGACUGAUUGAACGUGAACACACCGCUGUGCACGUGCAAUGAUGCGCAAAAAAAGAGCGAAUGAAGGACAACAUGUAAAUGAAGAACGAGAACGAGCGCAGUGAGCGAGGAAAACACCAUCACGGACACUUCGUUGAGCUGUUUUCCUCCUGAUGUGGUCUCUUACUUCACACACACAUCUGGCUGUAUGUGUUUGAUGAUUGUGCUGUUUCUUUUUUCUUUUUCUUUCAUUUUUUAAAACUUUUUUUCCACCCCUCCAUUACUAUAGAUGUUGCCAUGGUGUCAAAAAACAUCUGUCUCCCCUAAAAAUGGGUUUAUGUGCUGCGUUUUCCACUAUAAUGGCGCUGAAACGGAAAAUGAAUUAAUUGUGAUAAAUAAGUGGAGUAAAUGUAGAGUAGCUUGUGGUCAGAGGAAGAGGGGCAAAGAAGAAAUGAUUUGGGAUUUUUAAAAAGUGGUAUUAAGUGUAUUUGUAUAGUGUAAAACGGUGUUUUCUUCUUUUUUGGCGCGGAAUUUCGAUAAGAAGUCAAAUCACAGUCACGCUGGCAGUAGCUACAAGAUAUUUAAAUAUUUAUUUUCAGUAUGGGUUUUUUUCUUGAGUGUGAAUUACCUGAAGGUGACAGGUAUAGACUGAUAUAUUUCAAUCCAAUUACAAAGCUGUUAUGAUUAAUAAUGUGAAGUCAUGACAGCCUUAAGAAACAGCUCUGGCAUAGUUUGCAUUUUUUUUUCAAAAACACAAAACUGACAUAGAUGAUCAUCAGAGAAACAUUUGAUGCAUAAAUAAUGAUAUAUGUUUAUUUGAUCACUCAGGCUUCAAAGUGUUUAUUAUCUUAUAUUAAUUUGCACAUUUUCAACUGCAAAAAAAAAACUUAAACAAAACGUAACAUAAGCAUCACACCUUGUUAAAUUUAACUUAUGUUAAUAUUCAAUAAGUAUCACAUCAAGUCAUAAUUAAAUGACAAGAAACUGAAUUUAUAGCCUGGUAAUUGGAUUUGUAUUUCUGGAUUGCUUCUUCCUUUGUAAUUUAAUAUCAUGUUAUGUAAAAUAUUUGCUGGAAAUAAAUGAAUAAAGAAAUAAAGAUAUAGAAAUACCCACUAGAUUCGGUAAUAAUUUCUGUGAGCUGGUGGGAAGCCGAGAACAGACAAAACACGUUUUUUGGGGGAAACAAAUGUCAGUAAUGUUAAUGUCACAGUUUCAUCCUGAUGAAUUUGGCGCAGCCAUACUAUAUGAAAUUUGAUUAAUUCAAUACUGCUUUUCAGAUAUCUUACAACAAACUCAGAUGGAGCCCUGACUGUAAACUCUUGUUUCUUGUAGAAAAUGAUUAAAUAUGCUGAAUCUACCUCAAAAUUGUCACUGUCCGUUUGAGAAGACACCGAAUGUUGAGUUAACGCACAGCUUUCACUCCGACAUGUAAAACACAAAAGCAAAACGGGAUAAACAUGUUUAUUACUGUGCGAAAUGUUGAUGGAAGUGUAUAGAUGUGAAGUUAUAUAUAGUUCCGUAAAUAAAACAAAUAUUAUUUUAAGCAACUACAGACGUAGUGAAAGUGUUUUUGCUUGUGUACGUGUCUUUAUUAUUAAAUAAUAAUUAAAUAUUA